UGUCAAAUUAAUAGGCGGCCCACUUGCCAACUGAGAGUUGCAAAUAUAAGUUCUUGGAGCUGUUCUGGUGGGCGACGGCUUACAACUUCAUUUACCUCCUCCUCAUUUCCUUAUUCUAGAGCGUCGCCGCUCCAUCGAGUGACGCGAAAACCUCGAACAGAUUAGAACACAGACUUUUGGGCCACGGCUUCUAGAUUAUGGCCCCGAACAACACGUCAUAUUUAAUUGUCGGCGCCGGCGUGUUCGGUGUAUCGACCGCCUACCACCUGAUUCAGAAGUACCCCAAUGCGACCGUAACUUUGGUGGACCGAGAUGCAUACGAUGCCGAGUCUCGUGUGGCCGCCUCAUGGGAUUGGAACAAAGUCGUUCGCGCAGACUAUGAUGACAUGACAUAUUGCAAAUUAGCUCUCGAAGCGCAGGAAAUCUUCAAGUCCGAUCCACUUUGGCAACCAUACUUUCAUCAGACGGGUGUCUACUGGACAUGCCGCAGCGACUAUGCGCAAAACGUCAUCACCAAUCACAAGAAGCUUGGCCGCAACGACGAUAUCAUUGCCCUUCCGGUCGCCGAAGCUCGAAAGCUAUAUAACGGAAUUUUUGACAAUGCGGAUUAUACUGGGGUCAAAGAGGUUCUCAUCAAUCGGGCCAGUGGCUGGGCUGCUGCUGGAGACGCCCUUCGAGCAGUGACCAAAAAGUGCUUAGAUCUGGGAGUCAAGUAUGUCAAGGCUGAUAUUGCGACUUUGGAAUUUGAUGGUCGCGGCUCUUGCAUUGGCGUCAGGACGAGAGAUGGAGAUGUUCUAUCGGCUUCACGGGUCGUAAUUGCUGCCGGAGCGUUCACUCCCACCCUGUUGGAAUGGAGCGCUGCGAAGAGCGGCAACGGAGGUCUAAGAGCCGGUGAUCGUAUCUUGGCCGCUGGUAUCACGACAGGAAUGGCACAGCUUGACAAGGAGCAAUAUGAACGGUUCAAGGAUAUGCCUGUUGGCUUCCAAGGCUAUACACCGGAAGAGGGCAAGCCCUUCAUUGGCACCAUUCCUCCGACUAAGGAUGGAGAGUUGAAAUGGUGGGGUUCCAAGAUUUUUACAAACACUCGCGAGGUUCUACCAGGCCGCCACAUCUCCUCUCCCCCUCCCACGCACGAUUACAACCAAUGGAAGGUUCCCGGACCUCUGAAGCAAGAUAUUGUCGAGUCAAGAAACUUGUGGUAUGGGCCUAAGAGCGCUGAAUGGAAGAUGACGAAGCAUCGAAUUUGCUGGGACGCUUUUACCACCUCUGCCGACUUUAUAAUUUCUCCUCAUCCCGCCUCCAAAGGGCUAUAUGUGGCAACCUGCGGCUCAUUCCACGGAUACAAGUUCUUCCCUGUGCUUGGAAAAUACAUCCUUCAAAUGAUUGAAGGUGAGCUGGAACCGGAGCUGGUUGAGAAAUGGGCAUGGGACCGACAGCGCCCUGAUUCAUCCCAAAAUGUUGAAUAUCCGAACGCGGAGAUGAAGCAUCUUCUGGAGCCCCCAGCGAAGCUCUAGUGAAGAGACAAAAUCACUUCUGAGUAUUAUGCCACGAGAACAAGAUCACGGUAAACAUGUGUCACGUAAUAUCAUAACCUAACGAUAGGAUGGGAUCCCCAUGCCAACAAUGGGAUAUGAAUACCAUUGGAACAAUAGGAGAGACUGGAUGUAUAACGAAACACCCUUAAACACAUGUAUGUGGUUCUUUGCGGU